AUCAUCAUGACGGCCAUGAGUUAUCUGAUGAUCAGACCGCCACACUAGUCUCUCGCCUUGGCUUCAAGUACUCCGAUGACAUCUCCGGUACCGAUGUCUCCGGAGGCUGCUUUGAUCUCACUUCUCAUGAUGACUCAUCCGCUACUACUACUGCUGCUGCUGUUCCUAAUAAUCAUUCUCACAACCACCUCAUCCCUCCACCUUUUGGCAUGCUUCAUCAAGCUGCUGCAUUCAACACCACCAAUAUUCACUCCCAAGGUGCAGAUUGGAGUAAUAUGAACUCAUCAGAUAGCAGCACCUACAAGACGACUUCAGACCACCUGUCUAUGCUGAUGGGAAGCAACAAUUCGUACAGAAGCCAAAACCUCGAAAAUCAUCAUCAACAGCCAAAGCUUGAAAACUUCCUUGGCCGACACUCCUUCGUUGCCGAUGAGCACCACAUCGGCGGCCAGAGUAGUAGUAGUGGCACGCAUGUAUACAAUAAUAAUAGCACCAGCAGUACAAGUACUAGUAGCUCUAAUAUUGGGCUUUCCAUGAUCAAGACAUGGCUGAGAAAUCAACCAGCACCAGUAAUACUACCUCAUCAUCAUGACCAUCAUGAUCAUCAGCAGCGCAUCAACAAGAACGAUAUUAAUACCACCGAUACUACAACAACUACUAGUAGUAGUGCAGUACAGACUCUUUCGCUUUCGAUGAGUACUGGAUCUCACACUCAUCAUAAUACUACUAGUGCUGCUGCUGCUGCUACUGGAGAAACUUGUUCAUCAGAUCGAGAUAAUACUUGUAAUGAUAAUAACAAGCUGGCAGUUGUUAGGACCACCACCUCAACCGCUCCUCCGCCCGGGAUCGAUAGCCAGACUACUAGUACUACUGCUACUGCUAUUGAGGCCGUGCCCAGAAAGUCCGUUGAUACUUUUGGACAGAGGACUUCUAUAUACCGUGGUGUAACCAGGCACAGAUGGACAGGUAGAUAUGAAGCUCAUCUCUGGGAUAAUAGUUGCCGGAGAGAAGGACAAACUCGCAAGGGAAGGCAAGUUUAUCUGGGUGGUUAUGACAAGGAAGAAAAGGCAGCUAGAGCUUAUGACUUAGCAGCAUUGAAAUAUUGGGGUACCACAACCACUACCAACUUCCCGAUCAGCAACUAUGAGAAAGAGAUAGACGAAAUGAAGCACAUGACGAGACAGGAGUAUGUUGCAUCUUUAAGAAGGAAGAGUAGUGGCUUCUCUCGUGGUGCAUCCAUUUAUCGAGGGGUAACAAGACACCACCAGCAUGGGAGAUGGCAAGCAAGGAUUGGCCGAGUCGCAGGGAACAAAGAUCUCUACCUGGGAACAUUUAGUACUCAAGAAGAAGCAGCAGAGGCAUAUGACAUUGCAGCCAUAAAGUUCCGUGGACUCAAUGCAGUAACAAACUUUGACAUGACCAGAUAUGAUGUGAAGUCGAUUCUGGAUAGCAGCACAUUGCCCAUAGGUGGGGCUGCAAAGCGAUUGAAAGACGUAGAGCAGGCUGCUCAACAUCAACAUCAUGAGAUGAGUCUGCUAGUUGAUGGACACAACAGAUCAGCACCAACAGAUGAUCAUCAUGACAAGAUGAUGAUGAUGAUGAUGAAUGGCAGUACUGGCACUUGUCAUGAUCAAUAUCAUCAUCAGCAGCAGCAGCAGCUGAUCAUGGGUAGUGGCACUGCUGCAGCUGAUAACUAUGGUAGUGGUACAGCAGGCGGUUGGCCAACUCUUGCAUUUAACCAAUCAGCUGCUGCUGCUCAUCAUACGCCUUUUGGCAUGCACUACUACUCAUCACUAGUACCAUAUAAUAAUAACAGUGGGCAGAGGGUUUGGUGCAAGCAAGAGCAAGAGCAAGACAUUCAUUCCAACACUGCUCCUCAAAGCUUUUAUCAUCAUCAUCAGCAUCAGCAGCAGCAGCAGGAUCAGGAUCAAGAUCUUCAUCAUCAUCAACUACUUCAAUUAGGAAGUAGCCACAAUUUCUUUCAGGCAACUGGUAUGGAUUCUAUGGAACAUAGCUCAGGCUCUAACUCUGUCAUGUAUAGCACUGCUACUGCUACUAAUGGAGGAGGAGGAGGAGGAGGAGAUCAUGGUGGCUAUAUAAUCCCAAUGGGUACAGUUAUAUCUAAUGAUCACAAUAAUGGUUUUGGAGAUGGCACUAAUCAUGAUCAUCAGGUGAAGGCGGUGGCGCUUGGAUUUGAAAAUGUGUUUGGCUCAACUACUACUUCUGCUAAUGCUGCAAAUGUUACUGGGGAUGCUUAUAAUAAUCAUGCAAGGAACUUGUAUUAUCUUCCGCAGCACCCGCCGCAAUCGUCAUCAGUGUCAUCAGUAUCAUCCGCAGGUGUGGCCAAGGGCGGCAGCGCAUAUGAUAUUCAUGAAGCAGGGCAAUGUAACAAUUGGAUGCCCACAGCAGUUCCAACGUCGACUAACAGUAACAUCAACAUGCCUCCUACUUUCACCGUCUGGAAUGACACAUAA